CCAGUAUGUCGCCGCCAAUUGUUGCUUCCCUAGGCCCAAGCGUGAGAUCACUUGCCAUCAGCCAUCUCAUUUGCACAUUCGACAUGACCGGACCAGUUUAAAGUUCAUAUCAUAAGUUAUGUGUGUGUGAAUUGUUACAAUGAAGAGACGGAGAUUAAAUUUUUAGUUGGCUGAGUCAGUCAAUCACCAUGGGUUCCGUCCGCGGCGCCCGCCCGCCGUCCAACACGGCGUACUUCGUGGCGCUGGCCGGCAUCCUCUCCCUGCUGCUGCUGCUUUGCUGCUACUUCAUAUACUUCUGUGUUAAGAGGGUUAGAGAGCUGAUGAAGCAAGGUUUACCAGAGCCAGUGGCGUCGGUAAGACCGCCCCCGAAAUCGACCUCCUACCCGGUACAACCUGAGGUCCGAGAGAGUGCGACCGCGAUGGCGCGCCUCUGUCAGAUGCCGUCUCGCUCUGACGCGGUGUUUCCGUCUCAACAGCCGUCCAAUCUUCCCCCACCCCGCGUUCUCUCCCGUCCACAGACGCCGAAACACGUGCCGCAGUGCCCACAGUUGACUGUCGAACCUCCUACGUAGAGGUUAAACUACCCGCAAAAGUU